UGUGCACCGCCUGUUUUAACUUGUUGCGCCUCUUCGAUAUGAUUUGUCCUGGUUCUGUAAAGUCAUCAGUCAUUUAGGUCCUUAAUAUAUGGAUAAUUCGGAAGAGGAUCCCGAUCUUUUAAACGAAGAGACAUUCGACUGUGCAGAGAUAGGUGACUGGGAGAACGAACAUGAUCAAUUUGUGCAGAAUUUUCAUAAAGUUUCCGAGGAAUCUCCAACUGCUGAUGAACUACCAAAGUUCUGGAAUGACACUGGUGGUCUUUCGUUCUUAUGGCAAACGAAUGACCUCGGUUGUGGUGUGACUGUGGAUGAUGGGGGCGAAAAAGUUGUCGAUGUUGAGGAAACAAUUCAAAAGCUAGUAUUAGAUGAGACCUUUGAGGAUCCUGCUAUCCUAGAUAUAUCCAGGAAGGUUUCUUACCAACAGCUCAACGAAGACUCAUUUCAGCAUCUGAGAAACACACCUGCAUAUCCGACUGCUCCUACUGACAUACUUGAUAGGACUCGUGAUAUCUGGAGCAUUGAUGGUAGUUAUGAGGUUGGAUAUGGAAGUGGCAAGAUCAGCACAGCGUCCGAUUGUAAUAUGAAGUCGAAAAACGUAAUCGAUAUACUCCGAUCAUUAAAUGUUUACCCUCCACCAUCUGUCAAGACUGUAUCUAUACCACCAGAAGCUUCUACAGAAAAUUACUUGUCACGUAAGGUAGCUACAGAAUCUCAAACAAGGGAAGUCGGUACUGAAUUAUUCCCCAAAGCUUCUCAAUCUUCAAGAAACCUCCAAAAUAUUGUACCAGUUAGUCAGCAUAAAUUGUAUCCUAGCCCUGUGUUUUCUUCUGGGAAUCGCUUCUGCCAGUCACAAGCAGUUCAAAAUUCUCUAUCUGUCCAUCAGAAUGGAAUACAUACCAAUCAUUUACGCGCUAACCCCUUUUCAUUGGAUAUUUUGAAGGGACAGUUUCCCACUGAUGCCAGUGUUUUCCCCACGUUACCGGCAAUGCAGUCUGUAUUUAAAAAUUUACAUCCCUCAAAGUUGGAUUACUCACAAAUUCAUGGGUAA